CCACUGGCCAUGAACUUGUAAUCCAACUUUCUUUCUUCAUCUCUGCAAUGGAAACCACUUCUCCAUUAUAACUUCAAUAACAAUUUUAAGUACCAUUUCUUGAUUUCAGAACAAAAAUACCGGCCAUGUCUUUAGCUCCCAGCAGCUAUGCUUCUCUUUACACUUCACCUCCAUUGCCAAGAACUAUUACCAUCAAGCAGAACCCACUUAUCUUCUCCCAGAACAAUCCCUUUUUCUCCAAGAAUUGCUCAUUUUUCACAACAUCAACAUCUUUCUCCAGCACCCAUUUGCUAAAACCUUCUAAUUUGACCGUUAAAGCAUCCGAAACCGAGUCGAAGGCAUCGAAAUCAGAGAGUGGAAGUACAGAAGGAGAAGGGGAGGAGCAGUAUGAAGAGUAUGAAGUAGAAUUGCUUCAGCCUUAUGGAAUUAAGUUUGCAAAAGGAAGAGAUGGUGCCACUUAUAUUGAUGCUAUUGCUCCUGGUGGUGCUGCUGAUAAGACUGGAAUGUUCACUGUUGGUGAUAAAGUCAUUGCCACCAGUGCUGUGUUUGGGACAGAGAUAUGGCCAGCUGCUGAGUAUGGGAGGACUAUGUACACAAUUCGUCAAAGAAUUGGUCCACUUCUCAUGAAAUUGCAGAAGAGAUAUGGGAAGACGGAUUAUGCAGGCGAAAUGACAGAAAAAGAAAUCAUCAGAGCUGAGAGGAAUUCUGGUGUUAUCAGUGACAGAGUGAGGGAGAUUCAAAUGCAAAAUUACUUGAGGAAAAAAGAACAGAAAGCACAAAGAGAGAAGGAUCUCCGCGACGGGCUAAUACUGUACAAAAAUGCCAAAUAUGAGGAAGCACUGGAGAGAUUCGAAUCAGUGUUGGGCUCAAAACCAGACCCGAAUGAAGCUUCAGUGGCUAGCUACAAUGUUGCCUGCUGUUAUUCAAAGCUGAAUCAGUUAAAAGCUGGGCUAUCUGCACUUAAAGAUGCCAUGGAGGCAGGGUUUGAAGACUUCAAGAGAAUCCGGACGGAUCCUGACCUGGCAAAUCUAAGAACAUCCGAGGAAUUUGAGCCUCUUCUGAAAAGAUUUGAUGAAUCGUUCAUCAAUGAGAAUGCAAUCAAUGCCAUCAAAUCUCUAUUCGGCUUCAACAAGAAAUGAAGCCAUCAAGUUGGACUUAUAGAUUACAGGAUUCAAAUUGGUGACCACACACAUGAACUUACGAGAAGCCAUUGAUUGUUCAGACCACCUAAUGCUUCAGAUAAUAAAGUUCCUUUUGUAUAAUUUUGUCCAUAGAGUUGAUAUUAGGCGAGUUCGAAGAAAUUCAAUAUAAUUUUUAUGUUGGUGAGUUCUCUA